GUACUAACACAAAAAAUAAAGCAAGAGGGCCAGUUUUCUAACAUGGAAUGGUUAUAAAGAAGUUGGAGUUAUUGACUUUUAAAGUCACUCAUGGAAACUAAAUCGUUAAUCACUUUCAUUCUCUAUCUUAUUUCCACCCUUCUUAUUCUUGUUUUUGAUUCUGUGGCUUCCAUUGAAGGUUUUGGUGAGAAUUAUGACACAGCCUCUCUUAAACGAAGCAGCUUUCCAAAGGAUUUCAUAUUUGGUACAUCAUCCUCUGCAUAUCAGUAUGAAGGUGCAACGAAUAAAGGUGGCAGAGGUCCAAGUAUUUGGGACACUUUCACUCAGAAAUACCCAAAAAAAAUAAAGGACCAAAGCAACGGACAAAUUGCUGUCGAUUCAUACCAUCGUUUCAAGGAAGAUGUGCAGAUAAUGAAUGACAUAGGGUUUGAUGCUUAUAGAUUCUCCAUCUCAUGGUCUAGGCUACUACCAGGUGGGAACUUAUCUAGUGGAAUAAACACUCGUGCUAUCAUCUAUUACGACAACCUUAUCAACGAACUUAUAUCGAAAGGUUUAAAGCCUUUCGUAACACUACUCCAUUACGAUCAUCCCCAAAGCAUAGAAGAUGCAUAUGGUGGCUUUUUGAGCCCAAAAGUAGUGAAGGAUUUCACGGACUAUGCAGAGGUGUGCUUCAAAGCAUUUGGUGACAGAGUGAAAUACUGGAUCACAAUAAAUGGGCCAUCGAUUUUCUCUCAACAGGGUUAUACAAAUGGGAUAUAUGCUCCAGGAAGAUGUUCCAACUGGUUGCAAUUGAACUGUACAGGUGGUGAUUCUGCUACUGAGCCCUACCUUGUUUCCCACCAUCAGCUUCUUGCUCACGCUGCUGCUGUCAAAGUUUAUAGGCAAAAGUACCAGAAAACACAAAAUGGACAAAUAGGGUUAGUCCAGGCAGUUGACUGGACUAUACCAUUAUCCCAAUCCUCGGCAGACAUUGAUGCAACAUUUAGGGCCAGAGCUUUCAAGUUGGACUGGACUAUGGAACCACUAAAUUCUGGUUCGUACCCACUUGAGAUGGUUCACUAUUUGGGGGAAAGACUGCCAAAGUUUUCUAAAGAGCAAUCAGAUAUGGUGAAAAAUUCUUUUGAUUUUAUUGGCAUCAACUAUUACUCUACAACCUAUGCAGCCGAUGCUGAAUGCCCAAGAAAAAAUAAAUCCUACCUCACAGAUUUAUGUGCUGAGCUUACUUAUGAGCGUGAUGGGAUUCCAAUCGGCCCAAGGGCUGCCUCGGAAUGGAUAUACAUCUAUCCACAAGGAAUCGAAGAAGUAUUGCUCUACUUCAAGCGCAAAUUCAACAAUCCAGUCAUAUACAUAACAGAGAAUGGUUACGAUAAUUUUAAUGAUGAAAAAGUAUCACAGCUCAAAGACCAAGAGAGAAUAGAUUGCCACAUUCAACAUAUUUCUUAUGUUCGUAGUGCUAUAUUGAAUGGUGUCAACGUGAGAGGCUACUUUGCAUGGUCGCUUUUGGACAAUUUCGAAUGGUCAGAUGGUUACACUGUUCGAUUUGGGAUUAUUUAUGUUAACUAUACGGAUGGAUUGAAGAGAUGUCCCAAAGAUUCAGCUAAAUGGUUUAAGAGCUUUCUCCAUCAAGAAUUUGAAUCCCAGUGAACAUAUUGGUAUAUGGAGAUGACAAGUGAUUAAUUAGCAUAUAGAUAGCAGGUUCAUUUUGCUCUUGAGGGAGCAGAAACAUUUUAAGCAAAUUAAAAACUUAAUUAAUAUGCCCCGUACAACUUGUUCAAAAAAAAUAUGCCACGGACAAAAGAAAAAAAUGUUCAGUACCUUAAAAGUAUUGUGUCUUAAUUUGUCCAUAUGUUUCUUUUUUAGCUAUUUAUAUCUGUGUUAAUGGAAAAUAAACUAUUUCUUGUUUUCAAGGAGUAUAAGGUUGUUUGGUUUUUUUUAA